ACCCGGAGGUGCGGGAAGGCCGCGAGCGUUAGGUCCGUUUCCCCCUCGCCGCUCCAUGGCCCAGGCCUCUCGCUCCCGUGACCUUCUGCCCCCGUUGUGGGCCCAAGCCGGGGGCUCUGGGGAGCAGCCCUGGGAGGGAAGACGGGCCGGCGCGCUGCCCGGAGAGGGUCGUGGACCGCAGAAGCCGCCGUUUGCCGGGAGCAUCCCCUGCCUGGACCUCCGGCCCGGGACAGCUCCGGGAGGGCGGCCGUGGUGGUCCGCGUUGGCAUACGAGGACCAGGAGGCUGGCGAGGCAGAGUGGAGGCGGGAGUCUGCAGCCAGCAGCCCGAUCCCUCCCGCGCUGCAGCGUCUCCGGCGGGUGCUGCUGCGGCUGCUCCGCGAGCGGGAGCAGCUCCUUCGGGCCCGGGACUGCGCCCGCCACCUACAGGCGGUCGUGCGCCUCCUGAGGACCCCGAGCCUCAGCGCGCCCACCCACGGUCCAGGCCCCUUGCCCCAGCUGUGCCGCGAUCCGCAGCUGCACCCUUCCCGAGAAGCCGUCGUGCGAAUCCGCCAUCGGAACCCUCCCGAGGCGCUGCUUCUAGCGCGGCCCCUCGGACUAGCGGCCCAGCGCCUGGAUGUUGUCAUCGAGAUGCAGCUUCGCGCUCUGGGCCGGGCUCCCGCCAGUCUGAGCCUGACGUCCCAACUCUCCGAGCUGUUCUUGUCGCUUCCCGUCUACCACAAGCUUCAGGGAAAAGCCAUGAGCCACAUGCCAGGCGCGUCGCGCCCCUUCCCCCCGGCCCGUGUGCUCCGUCUUCUAACAGGGGAGCGGGGUUGCCAGGUGGCAAGUGGGCUGAAUGAGGCACUCAGGGGAUUGUGCCUGAGGGACCAGCUCCGGUGGCGCUUUCAGGAGGAGCGGGAGCUGCUACCGGGGUUGCGGGGCCUAAUAGCGGGCGUGGCCGGUUCAGUCAACGGUGGGCUGGGGCUUGGAGGAGCCGAAGCCCUUUGGAGCCAAUAUUGGACGCUUCUGUGGGCAGCCUGUGCACAGAGUCUGGACCUAAAUCUGGGUCCCUGGAGGGGAUACAGGGAAGUGGCACAGCAACUGAGUGAGGCACUGGUUCAGGCAUCCCUGCCUCAGGAGUGUGUGAAGGAGCUGGCUGCUUUGUGCCACAACCUACUUCAUCAGUCUCUUAUCUGGAGCUGGGAUCAAGGUUUCUGCCAGGCGUUGGCAUCAGCAGCCUUUGGGGAUCAGAACAGCCCUGCCUCGCACUCUCAUACUAGUGAACUGUUGCGGCAGCUUUUUGCUCCACUCUUAGACAUCUUCCAAGAAUGUAGGUCAGGACUGAUCCUCUGUCAGCCUCCAGGUCCAGCACCUGUUGCCCUCGGGCUCUGUACCUUGCAGAUCACCUUGCUUUGGUUCCUGGGCAGAAUUCAGCAACACCUGGCAGCAUGGGCCCCAGAUUCCUUCCUGCUCCUGAUCCAAAAGCACUUACCCCCUUUACUGCAUGAAGUUGAAGCUUUAUCCAGUCUGACUUCAGGGGAAAACAUAACUCAGGAAGUGGAGCAGCAGCUAGGCCUGGAGAUCCGAAAGCUGACUGCACGGAUGCAGCUCCUGUCUGAAGAAUCCCUAAGUCUGUUUUUCCAAGAAUGUCACAAACAAGCCACACAGGGCUUCAAGCUUUACAUGCCACAGGGUCGAUACUGGCGGCUUCGUCUCUGUCCUGAGCUUCCCCAGGUUCCUAGUGAGUAUGCUGGGCUGGUGGUUCGCACUGUCCUGGAGCCUGUGUUGCAAGGAGUGCAGGAACUGCCACCCCAAGCCCAGGCCCUCACCCUCAGUCAAGCGCUGACAGCCAUCCUGGGUGCCUGGCUCGACCAUAUCCUUACCCAGAAGAUCCGGUUCAGCCUGCAGGGGGCGCUGCAGCUCAGACAAGACUUUGGAGUGGUCAGGGAGUUGCUGGAAGAAGAGCAGUGGGAUCUGUCCCCGGAGCUUCGUCAGACUCUGCUCAUGCUCAGCAUCUUCCAGCAGUUAGAUGGGGCCCUGCUGUGUCUACUGCAGCAGCCCCUGCCCAAGACUCGAGUCCUCAGGAGGUCCCCUUGUUGCUGUGUUUGUAAUGAGGUUCAGACCAUGGGAUUGGCCAGCAGCAGCCUCAACAGCCUGGAGAACUUGGAGCCCUCUCUACAGCCUGGAGCACCUCUAGCCCAGACAACCCAGUUGCAAAGCACCCUGGGGGUUGGGAGACCUAGCCUUGAGGCUUACCUGGUAGGAAAUCAGCAGGCCUGGCUUGCCCUUAGGCAGCCCCAGCGCUCCCAGUGGUACCUGCUUUUUCUUUCCUGCCUGGGGCUCAGUCCUGAAACUUAGGGGGCCUAGGCUCAGGAGCUGCUCAUCUCUGAAUGGAAAACCAUGGACAUUUGGAACUGAAAUUUCAAGAAGCCUAGACCUGGCAGCUUAGAAGAAAAUAUACGUAAACUCCAUAGAGCCUGGAAUGACAAGAAUCCAAGGUGACUCUAGUGCCUGUAAUCCACAGUAAAGAGCAAAAUCACUGCC